CGCGUACGGCCUUGAUGAAGCUACCAGCAGCCCAUAUCGACAAUCGACCUUGACAUUCGCAAUUCCUCCCUUCGGACCCAGACAAUAGCAGACUCGAGCAGCUGCCGUGAAUAUAUCUUCUUGCGACUGCCCUCGAUAGGGCCAACACUGCCGUCACCAUGUCUGCCAGCGCAUACGACCGACAUAUCACCAUCUUCGCCGACAAUGGUCGUCUGUACCAAGUCGAAUAUGCCUUCAAGGCAAUCACAGCCGCAAACAUCAUGUCUGUAGGCCUGCGAGGCAAGGACUGCGCCGUUGUCUUGUCACAGAAGAAAGUUCCCGAUAAGCUCAUCGACCCCUCAUCUGUCUCUCACAUCUUCCAAAUCUCCCCCUCCGUCGGAUGCGUCAUCACAGGCUCUAUUGCCGACGCCAGAGCCUUUUCUCAGCGUGCCCAAGGAGAAGCCGCAGAGUUUCGAUACAAAUACGGCUACGAGAUGCCGGCUGAUGUCCUGGCCAAACGACUGGCCAACAUCAGCCAAGUGUACACCCAGCGUGCUUACAUGCGACCUUACGGUGUUGCUACCACCAUUAUCAGCCUGGACGACGAGCGGGGACCCCAACUCUUCAAGUGUGAUCCGGCUGGAUACUUUAUCGGCUACAAGGGCACUGCCGCAGGCCCCAAACAGCAGGAGGCUAUGAACCAUCUGGAAAAGAAGCUGCGGAACAAGGAGCAUGCCGAAGGAUCAUGGGAAGAGGUUGUUGAGCUGGCCAUUACAACAUUGAGCACGGUUCUCAGCAUGGACUUCAAGAAGGGAGAGAUUGAGAUUGGUAUUGUUGGCGGCCCUCGAACAGACGGCAAAGAGGGUACGGACCCGGGUUUUAGAAAGCUCACCGAGGACGAGAUUGAGGAGAGAUUACAAGCCAUUGCCGAGAAGGACUAGUAAACGUAUAGAUGGGUUAAUGAAGCAACGUUAGAGACGUCAUUUUCUACCAAAAGGGCUCGGAGCAUUGAGUCUCGCCUCUUGAAGGCCAUGUCGCUGGAGCCUUGGUUGGUAUCUUACCUCAAACAGUAAUGUCAGUGCUUUCUUAGGGUCGACAGCUCAUAUUGUUAUCUUAC